AUGUCGUUACACAAUCCACUUGCUUCACUUGAACAACUUGAGACAACCGUGUCAAGAAAAGACGGUAUUCCUGAGGAUCUGGAAGAAGAUCUUCGAAAUUAUGGAGCAGAACUUAUUCAAAGUGCAGGCAUUUUAUUGAAAUUACCACAAGUAGCAAUGGCCACUGCUCAAGUACUCUUUCAACGAUUUUUUUAUAUGGCCAGUUUAAAAAACUUUGGUAUUGUUGAAAUUGGAAUGGGUGCAUUGUUUCUUUCUUCAAAACUUGAGGAAUGCGUCGUUAGAAUGACAUACUUGAUCACAGUUUAUGACAUGCUUAUACGUCGAGCGCGAAAUGAAUCAACAGAAAUACCAUUAGAUGCAUUUUCGCAGCGUGGAUAUGAAUUGAAGAAUAUGGUUAUUGCAGCAGAGAUGCAAAUCCUGCGAAGGCUUGGGUUCAAUGUGCAUGUACAACUACCUUAUAAUCUCAUGGUGAACUAUUUGAGAAUACUAGGAUUAGAAGAUGAUGAAAGGGUGGCCAAAAGAGCAUGGAACUAUUUGAAUGAUGGUCUAAGAACGAAUAUAUAUGCCACCCAUGAACCACCAACGAUUGCCUGUGCAUGUAUUUGGCUAGCAUGUAGAGAUGAGCAGAUCAAAUUACCUUGUACGGUUGGACAAGAGUGGUGGUUAUUGUUUGACGUAGACUUUAUCAAUUUUAAGAAUGUAGCAGGACACAUCAAGAGACUUUAUUAUAGAAAAUUAGACAAGCCUAAUUUACCCAUUUAUAAAGAAGAAGUUGAAAAAUGGUUAAAUAAAAGGAGGGGGAAAUCACGUAUGAGUUAUUAA